AUGAGGGAAUUAAAUAAUUUUCUCUUACACAUUAAUUUUGAUGGGAUAUGCAUUCUAUAUGCAGACUUUGAGAAAGAGGGUGCUAACUCUAAAUUUCUAAUGGUGUCAAGCAGUAGUGCAAACUGUAAUUUCCCCGUCUACAUUAGUGUCUUUGCAUGCAUAUUUUAUGGACUAACACUCGGUUGUUACAACACUUAUGCAGUUCGGAAAUCAAGAACAAACCAAAAUAUUGGAUCUGAAAUGUGGGUAAUGCCAUUUAUGUUGAUAAAUUCUACUCUAAGCGUGCUGGUAUUGGUCAGUGGAAUCUUGAUAAGUGUUGGUAAUAAAGUAUUUUGUGAUCGCUUACUAGAAUAUUCGUAUUUGAAGAGCUGUGGUGAUGGAAAAAACAAAAAAUGGACGAAUAAAGAUACAUCAGAUAUAUUUACACCAGGAGACUACGUAAAUUUACUAAAUGUUGCACAGAUUGCUUGUUGGAUGGCUUGUUUCUUCUUCCUGUUGCAAGUUGCUCUGGGAAUAUUGCGUUUCCAUAGAAAUAGACGACUUCGUCAUUCGUCGUCUGAUAGAGAAAUGAUAGGGCGAGCAGAACCUGCUGCUUAG